AUGUUGUUUGAUACGAUUUUAGAACAUAACGAAACAGCCUACGGACAAAAUCUACGUGGCUUUGAUGCUUUCAUGCCAAAUGCUUUUGGAUCUGAUCCAGCUCAAAUGGAACAAUAUUUUAAUCGAAUAUACAUAUACGGUCCCGAUCCACGAUUUCCAAUUUCACCUGCCAUGAUUGCUGGUGCUGCCGCAUUCAAAGCAGUAAGGAGCCACGAUGCACAUAUAAAAACUCCGUAUUAUCGUUUUCACCACUCUGAGACGAUCGAUAGCAUACGCAGUACCGCAGCAAAAGAAGCACAUUUAUUAUUACAACAGUUCCCAUUACCACCGGAGAUUGAUCCACGGACUGUUAUUCUGUCGGCAGAAGCUGGCGCACAUCGGUUGUUUGAUCAUGAACAUUAUUGA